GGCAGUGCGGAGGGCAACUGGGGCUGGAGGGGCAGUGCGGAGGGCAACUGGGGCUGGAGGGGCAGUGCGGAGGGCAACUGGGGCUGGAGGGGCAGUGCGGAGGGUAACUGGAGCUGGAGGGGCAGUGCGGAGGGUAACUGGAGCUGGAGGGGCAGUGCGGAGGGUAACUGGGGCUGGAGGGGCAGUGCGGAGGGUAACUGGAGCUGGAGGGGCAGUGCGGAGGGUAACUGGGGCUGGAGGGGCAGUGCGGAGGGUAACUGGGGCUGGAGGGGCAGUGAGGAGGGUAACUGGGGCUGGAGGGGCAGUGAGGAGGGUAACUGGGGCUGGAGGGGUAUUACAGCAUGGCAGGGGUAGGUUGCUGGGGUAGGUGAGCAGCAGGGAGAGCCGGCGGUAUCACUUGGGAGAGAAUGCCCUGGCUCAGUGCCCAGGGGGGUUGGUACUAGGGGGGAAUCGCCUGUUAUUUCCCGGGGAGGAUGCCGGGGCGGAACAGGUACAACCUGGUGGAUGAUGGAUGUGAUUCUCGGGUGCCCCUGCACAAUGAGGACGCCUUCCAGCAUGGCAUUCACUUCCAGGCAAAGUACAUCGGCAGCUUGGAUGUGCCAAGGCCUAACAGCCGAGUGGAAAUCGUGGCGGCAAUGAGAAGAAUUAGGUAUGAAUUCAAAGCAAAGAACAUAAAAAAGAAGAAAGUGAGUAUCAUGGUGUCCGUCGAUGGCGUCAAGGUGGUGAUGAGGAAGAAACAGAAGAGAAAGGAAUGGACGUGGGAUGAAAGCAAAAUGCUGAUGAUGCACGAUCCUGUGUACAGAAUAUUCUAUGUGUCCCACGACUCCCAAGACUUAAAAAUAUUCAGUUACAUCGCGCGGGACGGAGCCAGCAACUCCUUCAAGUGCAACGUCUUCAAGUCAAAGAAAAAGAGCCAGGCAAUGCAGAUUGUGCGGACAGUCGGGCAAGCCUUUGAAGUGUGCCACAAAAUGAGCCUGCAACAUGCCCAGCAGAAUGCGGAUGGGCAGGCAGACGGUGCCAGCGACAAAUCCCAAGAAGAAGCCAACUUGGAAGGCCGCCAGUUGACAGGAGAGGAGAAUAAAGACCCCGAAGAAGCAGACGCUGAUCUCAAGAGGGUCGUCCUCCUUGAUGAGAGGAACAUCGAACGAGACUCCACGGUAUCUGAUUUAGGGAUCCUGCAGUCGGUGCGAGCGGUAAUGGAACGCGGUAGUCAGGACAUAGAUAAGUGUCCCAUCCAUUCUCCUGUAUCCAACAAAGACCAGACUCCCGACUCGUCCUGCCCUAUCUCUGCCCUUACUCCACUCGCUUCCCAGCAUCGACUGCAACUCCUGCAACAUCAGCUUCUGCAGCAACAGCAGCAAACGCAAGUGGCAGUAGCCCAGGUUCAACUGCUCAAAGACCAACUUGCGGCAGAAACAGCGGCGCGGAUAGAAUCUCAGGCCCGGGUCCGGCAGUUGCUGUUGACCAAUAGGGACCUGUUACAGCACAUCUCUCUCCUGGUGCGACAGCUGAAAGAGCUGGAGCUGAGAUCUGACUCCAAACAGCCAGGUGAUAGAAGAUCGUUGCACAACCUGGCGAUUGCGCAGUCCCUCUCGCUGAACCUAAAGAACCUGUACAACCUGGAGAUCAACCUCCCGUGCACCUCCACUCCCGCGAGUCUUCAGAGUAACCCUGGCACUGCUCAGACCUUGAAUGGCAACAACAUCGGGGAGUCGUACCUCAACCUGCUGAACCUGGAUCAUCCAUGCGCGGCCUCCGAGGAAGGCAACGGGGUCUCCUGCAGAAAGGUGGAAGGAUCGGAGGUCAUUGAGGUCAUAGAAGAUCACGGCAAGGGCAUCAAGGCUGGAGAUGGAAGGGCAGAAUCAGAGGAGGCAAAGCUUCUACAGUCCAUUCCUAAACUGAUCCCGCCGCCUCCCAUUACUAAAAAGAGGUCCAGUAAGAUCUUUUCGGGACCCAUUCCGGAAUCCACCUCUAUGGAGAGCAUAACGUUGACAACCCCGACCACCGUCAACCUGACCAGCUUUACUACCAUCACCUCCUGUUCAAUUACACCGUCCGAGUUCGCCCCCGAGGACAUCAGUCCAUCCUUUAAAAAUGCGCACUUCCCAUGCUUUGAGAACCCCGACCUCUCUCCCAUCAAGGAGGCGUCCAAUUUAUCCUUCCAUCGGGAAGUGGUGGACGAGAAUGGGACCUUCCACUCAAUCACCAGCAGCUACGACAACUUGGAGGACACCCCGACCAUCUUACCCGAUAUCCAAGUCUUUAACGGUUCCGCCAAGCAGUUUGCCGCAGAGGGUACGUUGCCAUUCUCCACCGCGCACGACACUUGUCUGCACAUCAGUUUCUCUGAAGAUGAUCUCCCAGAAGUAGAGUCGGACAUAUCCAUCCAAAAACAGUGGCGCCUCAUCAAAAAUGGCAACUGAAAUGCUGGCUUUGUUCCAGAGGGUUGCCAGUGGAGACAACAUCUACUCUGGUGUGUCCAAAGUUGCCCUAAUAUGCAGCAUUCAAGAUCUUUCCUCAUUUGCCUCCAUCUGCAGCUUUUAAGAACUUUCCAAAGUUGCCUCCAUCUGCAGCAUUCAAGAACCUUCCACAGUUGACUCCAUCUGCAGCAUUCAAGAACCUUCCACAGUUGACUCCAUCUGCAGUAUUCAAGAACC